AUGGCGCGGGGUUAUGCAACUGAGAGGCAGAAGGGCCUACUGCUAGUUGAAAAAUUGGAUUACAUACAGUCCAAACUUCUGCAAGGAAUUCUCGUUACCAUAUCAAAACCAUUGGGGAAGCUUGGCGCGUGGGUGAUUGAGAAAUUGAAAGGUUCUUAUUCCACCGAAGAAAUCAAGGAAUGGACAAAGAAGUUUAAGCAUUGGGUUUUAGAAGCUUCUGACUUGCAGAACUCAGAUUUUCUAGAGAUCCUUGAUGGUACAUUUGAAGUAGGGUCACAGUUAAAUCAGGAGCUCCCUAUCUGGCUUGCAGCCCAAAAGGCAGUGACACGUUACGAAGGCAUCUUAUCAUCAACUGGACCUCGUGGAAGGCUUUUAAGGAAAUUGCUUACAUUGACUGGGCUUGUGCCGCCAAUGCCAAAAACCCCAUUUGAGUUCAAGGGUGAUAACGACGAAUCAGAACCUUAUUUAAGGCCAAUCUCCAUAUCCAUGAUUUCACGUAGUGAUGUAUGGAGGCUAGUUACAAAGAAAUCUUGGACAAACAAUGUUUGGGAAGUGUUGAAGACCGGAGUUUCCAUUCGCCUUUCACAAUCUAUCCUUUAG